UCCUCCCUCUCUCUCUCUCUCUCUCUCUCUCUCUCUCUCUAAACCAGACAAAUACCAUCUACUUUGGAAGCAUAACGUUCAACUGAAAAUUCCAGAUGCCUGAGCUCAAAGUUGUCAAGCUGCUUAAGCCUCACGCAGCCUCAUACGACGUCGCUUUCGUCCCCCUACAUUCAAAUUCCUUCGAAUCAAAUCAUCAUCCACCUCUCACUCAUAAUCACAAGCAUCGGAAUCAAAUUUAUUCCUCAAUUAUCACUUCGUCCCAAUCUCCCCCUCUCCUCUCCCAGAAACCGACCAGCGGUUCUAUUUUCCAAAAACAAAACGACGUGCAGAAUCAAAAUGCUUUCUCUCCACCUUCUCAAACCCCCAAUAUUCGCCGGAGCGCGAAGCACUCUCGCCCGGGCCAAUGCGGGCACGCCACGUGCGUGCCUUAGCUUGGACGUGCCCACGGUCGAUCAAUCGAAGCCAGGGGUGGCGGUGGGGAGCCAGGAGGUGAUGGAGGCGGAGGGGAGGGUUCUGGUGGGGACGUACAAAAGGCCGCCCGUGGUGUUGUACAGUGGCAAAGGAUGUAAAUUGUACGAUCCUGAAGGGCGAGAGUAUUUGGAUUUGUAUUCUGGGAUUGCUGUGAACGCUCUUGGACACGGGGAUCCUGAUUGGAUACGGGCUGUCACAGAGCAAGCCCGUACGCUCACCCACGUCAGCAACGCCUACUAUUCCAUCCCUCAGGUGGAGCUAGCAAAACGUUUGGUGGCUUGCUCCUUUGCUGAUCGUAUCUUUUUCUCCAACUCUGGCACAGAAGCAAAUGAAGCUGCCAUAAAAUUUGCAAGAAAGUUUCAAAGAUUCUCAUUUCCUGAAAAGAAAGAGCCUGCAACAGAAUUCAUUUCUUUCACCAACAGCUUCCAUGGGAGAACGAUGGGGGCCGUUGCUUUGACGAGUAAGGAGCAUUAUCGGUCGCCAUUUGAGCCUGUCAUGCCUGGAGUUACUUUCUUGGAGUAUGGCGAUAUACAAGCUGCAACCAAACUAAUUCAUUCUGGCAAAAUUGCUGCUGUGUUUCUUGAACCUCUCCAGGGCGAAGGUGGCAUACUUAGCGCAACUAAAGAAUUCUUGCAAUCCUUGCGUGGUGCUUGUGAUGAUUCGGGGUCGCUACUGGCCUUUGAUGAGGUUCAAUGCGGCUUAGGCCGAACUGGUUAUCUCUGGGCACAUGAAGCUUAUGGUGUAUUCCCAGACAUAAUGACGCUGGCCAAGCCUCUUGCAGGAGGGCUCCCCAUAGGAGCUGUUUUAGUUACAGAAAAAGUCGCUGCUUCAAUAAAAUAUGGAGAACAUGGAAGCACAUUUGCUGGAGGGCCGCUUAUAUGCAAUGCCGCCCUUUCUGUUUUGAACAAAAUCUCAAAGACCGAGUUUCUAUCCAGCGUCACAAACAAAGGUCAGUACUUCAAAGAAUUGUUAACAAAGAAGCUGGGAAAAAAUCCACACGUGAGAGAAGUACGUGGUUCAGGACUUAUCGUUGGUGUAGAGCUAGAUGUUUCUGCUUCACCACUCGUCGAUGCCUGUCGAAAUUUGGGUCUUCUAAUAAUAACAGCAGGAAAAGGAAAUGUUCUCAGGCUUGUGCCCCCUUUGAUUAUCUCAAAGCAAGAAUUGGAGCAUGCAGCUGAGGUAUUGCUUGAAUGUUUGCCGGUCCUUGAUGGCUCUAAUUGAAGUUCAAGUACCUAUAACCAUUUAGCUUCAUGUAUUUUUUGGUCGAAAAUUUAGCUUCAUAUAUGACAUGUACGUUAUUGCUGGGUUUUAUGUUAGCUCAGUUUGUGCAUGUCUCUGUUUUGCGCAGUCCGAUCGUUAAGCUAUCAAUUGCA